AUGAGCAACGACCUCCAAGACAAAACCGUCCUAGUGACCGGCGGAGCGGGCGGACUCGGCAAAGCCAUCGCGACGAAAUACCUCAACGCCGGUGCGAAUGUGGCCAUCUGCGACAUCAACGAACAGAGACUCCGUGACACGGCCGCAGAGCUAGGGACCGACGGCCGUCGCAUCAAGGCCAUCCAGGCGGAUAUCACAUCCUCGACUGAGGCGCAGAGACUUGUGGAUGAGGUUGUGGCGGAGUUCGGGAAAUUGGAUAUCCUGGUGAACAAUGCCGGGAUUAUGGACCGGUUUGAUCCCGUCGGGGACUUGGAUGAGGGGCUUUGGGAUAAGGUCAUCGGGGUGAAUUUGACGGCGCCAUUCCUGUUGAGUAAAUUGGCGGUGAAGAAUAUGUUGGCGCAGGAGGAGGGGAAGAGGGAUGGGUGUAUUGUGAAUAUUGUCUCGGUGGCGGGCAAGGCGGGAUGGGCUGCUGGUGCGGCAUACACGGCAAGUAAACAUGGACUUGUCGGCUUGACAAAGAACACGGCCUCGUUCUAUGGGAAUCAAGGCAUCCGAUGCAAUGCGCUGAUGCUGGGAGGCAUGGACACGAAUAUCGUCGAGGCGUUUCAGUCCGGCAUCAACAUGGUCGGGAUGGGCAAGGCAAGGAGAAUCAUAGACGCUGUUGGAGUCCCUCUUUGUCAACCUGAUCAGGUGGCAGAGUCAUGGUAUAUAGUCGUCAUCGAACGCCAGAAUCCCGUGAGACUUCAACCUAUCCAAGCCCUCAAACCUUACACGACCACGAUGAAGUACAUACAACUCGGAUCCAGCGGCCUCCGCGUCUCCCCCAUUUGUGUCGGGUGUAUGAGUUACGGCACUCCCGGCAAGCAAUUCGACUGGCCGCUCCCGGAGGACGAGGCCCUGCCCGUCCUGGACCACUGCUACCGGUCGGGUCUGAACUUCUUCGACACGGCCAACGUCUACUCGAACGGAGACUCCGAGGUGAUCCUCGGGAAAGCGAUCAAGAAGUAUGGCUGGCGCCGGGAGAAUUUGGUGAUUGCCACCAAGCUCUGGGCGCCGGUCGGACGCGGCACCGAGAAGCCCCUUCGCAUGUCCGUGGAAGACAGAGACAACGCCGGCUACGUCAACCAGUAUGGUCUGAGCCGCAAGCACAUCUUCGAGAGUGUCGACGCCAGUCUUGAGCGACUGGAUCUGCCGUACGUCGAUCUCCUGCAGAUUCAUCGCUUUGACCCCAACACGCCGCCGAAGGAGACCAUGGAGGCACUGCAUGACGUCGUCAAGUCCGGCAAGGUGCGCUACAUCGGCGCCUCGUCCAUGUGGGCGCACCAGCUCUUGGAGUAUCAGUACACGGCACGGAUGCACGGGUGGACGGAGUUUAUCUCGAUGCAGAACCUGUACAAUGCCAUAUAUCGCGAGGAAGAGAAAGAGAUGUACCCGGCGUGUGCCAAGUUCGGCAUGGGAAGCCUGCCCUGGAGUCCGGUGGCCAUGGGAUUCCUGGCCAGGCCGUGGAAGACAUUUUCCGAGACAACGAGGGGCACUUCCCAGAACAACCAGUUCCUGGGCCAGCCAAUCACGGAGGCGGACAAGAAGAUCAGCGCGAAGGUUGAGGAGAUUGCGCAGCGUCGCGGGGUCUCGAUGGCGGUGAUUGCCCUCGCCUGGUGUCUGUCCAAGCCGUUCAUCACGUCGCCUAUUGUGGGGAUGAGCAAGAACGAGAGGGUGGACGAGGCGAUCCAGGCCAUUGACUUUCCACUCAGCGAGGAGGAAAUCGCCAGUAUCGACGAUCUGUACGAGCCCAAGCGAGUGGUUGGUCACAACUAG